AUGUAUCUCAUUCAACUCGCAAUUGAAUAUGCCGCCCCCUUCUUUCUUAUCUCGUCGCCCCUCACCUCUUACCUCGAUCAGAUCCUCAGCAUUCAUCGCUCCCGGAGCUCGGCGGGUUUCUCAUUGGACAUUCCUUUGAUUAUGCUGGUCGCAUCAAUCUUAAAGGUCUUCUAUUGGUUUGGAGAGUACUAUUCCAAGGCCCUCUUAUCGCAAGCGGUGGUUAUGGUCAUUGUGCAAUCAGCACUGCUCAAGGUCGCGCUGGACAACCGACCUGCCAGCGGAGGAAAGAAUGGCAUCGAACACACACCCUUUAGCGGUGGUAAUAACGACGGUGGCUUCACGCGCCCGUACGACUUCUGGCAGUGGAGAAGCACCAAGCCGUACUGGAUGUUCCUUUCCUACUUCGUCGCUAUCCUGUUUGUGAUCCACCUCACUCCAAUCUCCGACUCCUCCUCCUACAUCAGCCUGCUGGGUUGCAUCGGUCUUGCCGUUGAGGCCACCCUCCCCAUUCCACAAAUCCUAGCCAACCACCGCUCUGGCUCGUGCAAAGGCUUCCGUGUCUCCGUCCUGGCCGCCUGGUUGAUUGGUGACUCAAUGAAGAUGAGCUUCUUCUUCUGCAGUCAGGAGGCCAUCCCCUGGUCUUUCAAGAUCUGCGGUAUGUUCCAGUGCGUCUGCGACUGCUACCUGGGCUUCCAGUACUGGAUGUUCACUCGGAACUCUGUCCGGGCUGCAGGCAGCUCUCAGGAACAAGAAGGGCGAUGGGCCGCCGGUGAGAAAGACAUUCGCAUGAACUAA